CAGUUGUGGACUGGUUUGCCCUACUAUCCUAACCCUCCCUGGCUUCUUUCUUCAAUUCCCCUUUCAUUCUUCUUGAAGAUUCUCUCGGUCUAUUUCCUUCCUCUCGUGUAAUCUCCGUGAAGAAAGAGUGAAACCCGCCCAUCUCAGUGCGUGGAGCGCACCUUUUUCUCCCUCACAUGGACAACGCCGCCGAUAGUGAUAUGCUCGUCGACGAAUAUGAGCAGUAUCACCAAGACCGCACCGACGAUGUCGUCGUCUCCCGCUCCGGAUCGGACGAACCGGAGUCGGAGCCCUCCGCAGAUGACCAUGCAGCAAUGAUGGCUCGGGUCCUUCCGAAAGACCCUGAUUUGGAAACCGAAGAUGAGACGUAUCACACAUGGCAUAUCCAGGAUUGGCGGAAGCUGAAAAAGAAGGAGCACGGCCCCGUCUUUCAAUGCGCUGGCUUCCCUUGGCGGAUCCUGUUCUUCCCGUACGGCAACCAUGUUGAGCAUGCCUCAUUUUAUCUGGAGCAUGCUUGGGAGGGCGAACCCCCGGCAAAUUGGUACGCCUGUGUGCAGUUCGCACUCGUUUUGUCGAAUGUGAAUGAUCCCUCCAUCUACGUUCAUCACGUCGCAACCCACCGAUUCCAUGCGGAGGAGGGAGAUUGGGGUUUCACCCGAUUCUGCGAGCUGCACCGGCUCUUCAGCCGACCCUGGGAGGGCCGUGGUGUGCCUCUCGUGCAGAACGACGAAGCUAAGAUUACGGCCUACGUGCGCGUGGUCAAGGAUCCGACGGGUGUCUUAUGGCAUAACUUCCAGAAUUACGAUUCGAAGAAGGAGACCGGCAUGGUCGGUCUGAAGAACCAAGGUGCGACCUGCUACCUUAAUUCGCUUCUCCAGUCGCUAUAUUUCACCAAUCGGUUCCGCAAGGCCGUCUACCAAAUCCCAACCGAGGCAGAAGCCUCGCGCGACAACAGCGCGUGGACACUGCAGAGGUUGUUCUUCAACCUCCAGACGAGCGAGAACUCAGUGUCCACCACGGAACUGACUGCAUCUUUCGGGUGGGAAUCGAGGCAGAUCUUCGAACAGCAGGACGUCCAAGAACUGUCGCGAAAGCUUAUGGAGAGACUCGAGGAGAAGAUGAAAGGCACUCCGGCCGAGAAGGCGCUUCCGGAACUUUUCGUCGGAAAAACGAAAACCUACAUCUCCUGUAUCAACGUCGACUACGAGUCUUCACGCGUGGAAGACUUCUGGGAUAUCCAGCUGAAUGUCCGCGGCAACAAGACGCUUGAUGACAGCUUCAAAGAUUACAUUCAGGUAGAGACCCUCGAGGGUGAAAACAAGUACGACGCUGGCCAGCCCUACGGUCUGCAAGAUGCCAAGAAGGGUGUCAUCUUCGAGAGCUUUCCCCCAGUCCUGCACCUUCACCUCAAGCGCUUCGAAUACGAUAUCAACCGCGAUGCUAUGAUGAAGAUUAAUGACCGUCACGCCUUCCCUAUGGAGUUCGAUGCCACUCCAUACCUCUCGAACGAUGCCGACAAAUCUGAGCCCUGGAUCUACGAGCUGCACGGUGUACUGGUCCACAGUGGUGACCUCAACGCCGGCCACUACUACGCUUUCCUCAAGCCUACCAAGGAUGGAUUCUGGUACAAAUUCGACGAUGACCGCGUGACGCGGGCUACAGACAAGGAGGUGCUCGAGGAGAACUAUGGAGGGGAAUAUGAGCUAGCCAACGGUGCUGCCGGAGUCAGACAACCGUACACUCGCGGCCUCUCCACCAAACGCUCGAUGAACGCCUACAUGUUGGUCUACAUCCGUAAGACUAGACUGGAUGAUGUGCUUUUGCCCAUCACCAAGGAGGAUGUCCCUUCCCACAUUGAAAAGCGUCUCGUAGAGGACCGGGCCGAACAAAUUCGGCGAAAGAAGGAGCGGGAAGAGGCCCACUUGUACAUCAACGUCGGAGUGUUGACACAGGAAUCUUUCCAGUCUCAUCACGGGUUCGAUUUGACAAGCAAUGAUUUACCCGCCGGCGAUCCUGCUGUUCCGACGCAGUACAAGGUACUGCGGGCGAAAAAGGUUUCUGAAUUUGCAGAGCAGCUUGCCGAAGAGAGGGGCCUCAACCCUAGUCACAUUCGAUUCUGGGUCAUGGUGAACCGUCAGAACAAGACUACCCGCCCUGACCAAGUCAUCUCUGAGCCUACCAUGACCCUCGAGGAAGCCUACAAUCGGCUUAGCACUAAAGGGAACCCGUUCAAGGUGUACAUGGAGGUUGGCAAGCCUUCCGCCGACGGAACCGUGUCCUGGCCCGAUAAAGACAAUUGGAUCCUGGUUUUCCUGAAGCACUUUGACGCUCCGUCGCAAACACUGAGCGGCGUGGGUCCCGUGUAUGUUCGCAAGACGCAAAGAGUGAGCGAGCUCGCACCCGUCAUUCUCGAACGGAUGGGCUGGCCCGCCGGUACCGAGUUUAUGCUAUAUGAGGAGAUCAAGCAUAACAUGAUUGAUACGAUGAAGCCCAAGCAGACCUUCCAGCAGUCUGAGAUUCAGGACGGUGACAUUAUUACCUUCCAGAAGCAGAUCAAAGAAUCUGAGCUGCCUGCGACAGCUCUAUAUACCGAUGCGAAGCAAUUUUAUGAUUACCUGCUCAACAAGAUCACUAUCACCUUUGCUCCGCUCAAGUCGGAGGAAGGCGAGGAGUUCAAUCUCACCCUGAGCCGGAAAAUGACUUAUGACCAGUUUUCGAAGAAGGUUGGCGAACAUCUGAAUGUGGAACCCACCCACAUUCGCUUUGCUCCGGUCCUCGCAAGCACCGGCAAGCCUAAGCAGUUCAUCAAGCGCAACCCCAACCAGAACAACCAAACUCUGUACCACAUCUUAAGCGGGCAAAUGUCGACUUAUGGGUACAGCAUGCACCGUCAGGAUGCCCUGUAUUACGAGGUGCUGGAAACAAGCUUGAGCGAUUACGAAUCCAAGACUUGCCUGAAGGUCACUUGGCUGCCUGAAGGUAUCACGAAAGAGCAAGUCGUGGAGGUUCUCGUUCCCCGUGAUGGUACCAUCGCCGAUGUCAUUGCCGGUGUGCAGAAGAAAGCCAACCUGGAAGACGAUGCCGAUAUUCAUGUUUAUGAGACCCAUGGCGGCAAGAUCUACCGGGAUUUCCAACCGGACUCGAAGAUCGCGGGAAUCAACGAAUUUGUGACCCUCUAUGCCGAGAAAUACCCCGAAGAGGAGCUCAAUAUGCAGGAGGGUGAGCGGACUAUAAAUGCCUUCAACUUCGAUCGCGAAGCUAGCCGACCACACGGCGUACCCUUUAAGUUUGUUGUGAAGCCUGGUGAAAUUUUCAAACAGACCAAGGAGCGCCUGUCCCGACGAACCGGGAUCAAGGGAAAGCAGUUUGAGAAGAUCAAAUUUGCCGUUGUGCCUCGGAACAUGUAUACCAACCUACGAUACCUUGAAGACGAUGAUAUCCUUUCCGACAUCAUUGGUGACUCGGACGACCUGCUGGGUCUCGAGCAUGUAAAUAAGAACCGCAGCUUUUGGAGCCGGAGCGAGUCAUUCUUCAUUCGAUAGACACCAGGCCUUGUUUUUCCGGUUGUUUGUAUUGGCUUGACAUUGCUGGACAGACCCCUCUUACGGUCGGCCGGGGGCGUAUAGCUGGUCAUGUCAUUCCGAACCAGCUCGCAAACCUGGUUGCGCAGAGAAUAGGAACCCUUAUAUUAUAUUCCUCAGGACAGUGUGGAUGUUUCAUGUUCUUGCGAUGGCAGUUUUGUUGUCUAUUACCUCGUGUAGAAGAGGGAGCUAUAGCCUUAACAAGGUGACCCUUUGCUAGCAUGAUAACCUCAAUUUAUGACGUAAGU